GGGGCUAUCCGUAGGGGCGGGGCUUGGGGAGCCGCGGGGUUCGGGUGCUGCUCUUGCCUGCCUCUGUCUCUCCUGUCAUUCAUUCUUAAAGGGGGAAAUCUCUACGCUUUCGACGAUGUCGGGGACCGGCCUGGGUUCGCCGGGGCUCGACCUGGAGAAGCUGCGGAUGGCCGGCGCUGGCCUGGCUCUGGCUGUGCUCACCAGUGGAGGAGACGCGCAAGGUAUGAAUGCUGCUGUUCGAGCUGUGACUCGUAUGGGGAUAUAUGUUGGAGCUAAAGUGUUCCUGAUCUAUGAGGGUUACGAGGGGCUGGUGGAAGGUGGUGAUAAUAUCAAGCAGGCAGACUGGCUGAGUGUGUCCAACAUCAUUCAGUUGGGUGGCACCAUCAUUGGCAGUGCUCGCUGCAAAGCUUUCACCACUCGGGAGGGCCGGCUCCAGGCAGCCUACAACCUGGUACAGCACGGCAUCACCAACCUGUGUGUCAUUGGAGGGGAUGGGAGCCUGACAGGUGCAAAUAUCUUCCGCACAGAAUGGGGUGGGCUUCUGGAGGAACUGGUCAGUGAAGGGAAGAUCACGGAGGAGGUGUCUCAAACAUACAGUCAUUUAAACAUUGUGGGCUUGGUUGGUUCCAUCGACAAUGACUUCUGUGGCACAGAUAUGACUAUUGGCACUGACUCUGCCUUGCACCGUAUCAUGGAAGUGAUUGAUGCAAUCACCACUACCGCCCAAAGUCAUCAAAGGACGUUUGUUCUGGAAGUGAUGGGCAGGCACUGUGGAUACCUUGCAUUAGUUUCAGCUUUGGCCUCUGGUGCUGACUGGCUUUUCAUCCCUGAGUCACCACCUGAAGAUGGUUGGGAGGAUUUUAUGUGUGAAAGACUAGGAGAGACACGAAGCAGAGGAUCCAGGCUGAAUAUUAUCAUCAUUGCUGAAGGUGCCAUUGACCGGAAUGGGAAAGCCAUCACUUCUAACUAUGUGAAGGAUCUCGUUGUGAAGCGCCUUGGAUUUGACACCCGUGUGACUGUUCUUGGCCAUGUGCAGCGUGGGGGGACCCCUUCAGCAUUUGACCGCGUCUUGAGCAGCAAAAUGGGCAUGGAAGCUGUGAUGGCUUUACUGGAAGCAACACCAGACACUCCAGCCUGUGUGGUGAGCCUCUCUGGAAACCAGUCUGUGCGCCUGCCCCUGAUGGAGUGUGUGCAAGUGACCAAAGAUGUCCAGAAAGCAAUGGAUGAGAAAAGAUUUGACGAAGCAAUCCAGCUCAGAGGGAGGAGCUUUGAAAAUAACUGGAACAUUUACAAGCUUCUUGCACACCAGAAACCGGCACAGGAGAAGAGCAAUUUCAGUAUUGCAAUUCUCAAUGUGGGAGCCCCUGCAGCAGGAAUGAAUGCAGCAGUCCGGUCAGCUGUACGUGUUGGGAUUUGCCAGGGCCACACAAUGUAUACAGUGAACGAUGGUUUUGAAGGCUUGAGCAAGGGACAGAUUCAAGAGGUGGGAUGGCACGAUGUUGCCGGAUGGCUGGGCCGUGGAGGAUCUAUGUUAGGAACCAAACGAACUCUUCCAAAGACAUGCAUGGAAAAGAUUGUUGAAAAUGUUCGGAAAUUUAAUAUCCAGGCACUAUUGGUUAUUGGAGGAUUUGAGGCUUAUGAGGGAGUACUACAGUUGGUGGAAGCACGUGGACAGUAUGAUGAGCUUUGUAUCAUCAUGUGUGUCAUACCAGCUACUAUCAGUAAUAAUGUUCCUGGCACUGAUUUCAGCCUGGGAUGUGAUACAGCUGUCAAUGCUGCCAUGGAGAGCUGUGACCGUAUCAAGCAGUCUGCUUCGGGCACAAAACGACGCGUGUUCAUUGUGGAAACUAUGGGGGGUUAUUGUGGCUACCUGUCAACAGUGACUGGCAUUGCAGUGGGAGCUGAUGCUGCUUAUGUCUAUGAGGAGCCUUUCACUAUUCAUGACCUAAAGGCAAAUGUUGAACAUUUGACUGACAAAAUGAAAACAGACAUUCAGAGAGGUCUAGUAUUGCGAAAUGAGAAGUGCCAUACACACUAUACCACUGAGUUUCUCUACAACCUUUACUCUUCAGAGGGGAAAGGCAUAUUUGAUUGCAGGAUCAACGUUUUAGGCCAUCUCCAGCAGGGAGGUGCUCCAACUCCUUUUGAUCGCAAUUACAGCACAAAGCUGGGUGUGAAAGCGGUACUGUGGAUGUCAGACAAGCUGAAGGAAUCCUACCGUAAAGGCCGGGUAUUUGCCAAUUCUGCAGACUCUGCCUGUGUAAUAGGCCUUCGGAGGAAGACUGUGUCCUUUAGCCCCGUGACUGAGCUUAAGAAAGUAACAGACUUUGAGCAUAGGCUCCCGAAGGAGCAAUGGUGGCUGAACCUGCGUCUUAUGCUGAAGAUGUUGGCCCACUACCAGAUCAGUCUGACUGAAUAUGUGUCUGGGAAGAUAGAGCAUGUUACCCGGCGCACUCUUAGUAUCGAGAAGGGAUUCUAGCUACACUUCUUCCCUUCUCUCCACCCCUAGCCACUUCCCUGUAGUUCCCUCCCACUCUGGCCUUCUCAUGACUUUUGAGUGCAGUGCUGGUGCCACUGUGAGCCUGCAGGAAUGUGGCUGGGGGGCAGCCCUGCCGUUGUUACAGAAUCAUGCCAUGCCCACUCCAGAAGCUCACAGUCCUCCCUACUGAGGUUUUUUGGGGAAGAAGGGAGAAGUUAUAUGCUUCUGCUUGUAAGCUCCCUCUCUGUUUGCAGCAGGUAGCAAAGGGUGAAUUCUGAUUUAUCAAUGCACACAACAAUGCCAAACAGAAUCUCCUGUUUCACAGGCUAAUCUUUUAUUCUUGAUACUAAAAUAAUCAUGGUACUGAUUGUCAUAUGAACAAUGAGGUAGUUUUUGAGUCUUUCCAGCCAGAUGCCAAGAAGAAAGCAAAAUUCCAGAAGGGGGGUCUUCCCUUUAGUCAAAACUAUAGAUAAUAUGGGACUCCCCAAACUUGGGUGAUAUGUGAGCAAUAGAUUUUAGGGCCUGAAGAUUUCAUAUCCAAGAAAGAUCCUGUCUUUCAGGUGCGUCCUAUGUCUGCAGGAGUUAGGCUUCACUUUGAACAGCGCAGCAAGCAGAAGAACUGUUCUUCCUGCCUCACCCUUCCACACUGAAAUGACACAUGCCAACAGGGAAGAGAACAGUAUGCCUGAGUGGUGGGUUGGGCUGAUUAAUGUGCUUUGACUUUGCAUGGAGAGCCUUCUUUUCCAUGCAGUCUGGCUAGUAUGUCUGAUUCAUUGUACCUGACUGGAGCUGUCAUGGUGGCACCAGCUCUGUGGCCAUGCUGUAUCUGUGCUCUUCCUGAUGCACUUCUGUGAAACUGGUGUCCUGUAUUGCCUGUACCUGUCUGUGGCACAGCUUGGUGUCCCCUAGAAAUAUAAAAAAUCCACUGAAUCAAA